AUACCGUGAUUUCUGUUUAAAAACAUAUACAAUAAUAUGUUUUGAGUAUGUUAUUUACCGUGCUUAUGUGAAAUAUCUAUUUUCGACAAAUUACAUACUUUCGUCUAUCAGCAAACUUUCGUAUCAUAAGUAUCGUUGUAUACUGUUCACAUAAAUACAGGCCAUAUGAAUUUCUGUAACCUCGAAUUGCUAAUCAAGCGUUAGAUGUGACAGUUUGUGUUUGAAAUUCGAAUACUUCACUUCGUGGAAAAAAUAUAUCUUUAGUCUGUUGAUUACCUUUGGGAAUACUAUCUGACUUAAGUAAAAAUAAAAAAAUGGCUUCUGAAAUUCCAGCACCGUUGAAAAAUUUGUUCAGUUACAUUGAUAAGCAUAAAGCAGAAUAUAUUAAUAAUUUACGAGAGGCAGUAGCUAUAAAAUCUGUUUCUGCAUGGCCUGAUCAUAGAAAUGAAAUAGUUCGAAUGAUGAAAUGGGCAGAAAUUAGAUUAAAGGAUCUUGGAGCUACUACAGAGUUAGUAGAAUUAGGGAAACAAACACUUCCAGACAAAAGUGAAAUUCCCCUUCCUCCUGCUUUGUUAGGAACUCUUGGAUCUGAUUCAAAGAAAAAAACUGUUCUUAUAUACGGGCAUUUAGAUGUUCAACCUGCAUUAAAAGAAGAUGGUUGGGACACAGAACCAUUUACUCUUGUAGAGAAAGAUGAAAAAUUAUUUGGACGUGGAAGUACAGAUGAUAAAGGUCCUGUACUUUGUUGGAUACAUGCACUGCAAGCUUACAAAGCUAUUGGGCUUGAUAUUCCAGUCAAUCUUAAAUUUGUUUUUGAAGGUAUGGAAGAAAGUGGUAGCGAAGGUUUAGAUGAUCUUCUUUGGGCACGUAAAGAUACAUUUUUGCAAGGUGUUGAUUAUGUGUGUAUAUCUGAUAAUUACUGGUUGGGUACCACUAAGCCCUGUAUCACAUAUGGCUUAAGAGGUAUCUGUUACUUCCAAGUGGAAGUAACUUGUGCUGCUAAAGAUCUACACAGUGGUACAUUUGGUGGAACUGUGUAUGAAGCAAUGGCAGACUUGAUUUAUUUGUUAGAUACAUUGGUUGAUGUUAAUGGAAAAAUUUUAAUUGAUGGUAUUUAUGAGAAUGUUGCUGAAAUUACAAAAGAAGAAUUGGCAACCUAUAAAACAAUAGAAUUUGAUGUACCCGAAUUUAAGAAGUCCGUUGGAGCUGGUAGAUUGGCUCACAAUGAAGACAAAAUUCAAUUGUUAAUGCAUCGAUGGAGACAACCCAGUUUAUCACUUCAUGGUAUAGAGGGUGCAUUUAGUGAACCAGGUGCAAAGACCGUUAUUCCAAGAAAAGUUAUUGGCAAAUUUUCAAUUAGGAUAGUACCAAACAUGACUCCUGAUGAUACUGUUGAGAAAGUAACAGCAUAUUUAAAGAAGAAAUGGGCUGCUAGAGGUAGUCCAAAUAUAAUGAAUGUUAAUCUGGGUCAUGGAGGAAAACCUUGGACUGAAGAUCCCAAUCAUCCACAUUACAUAGCUGGUCGAAAAGCAACCAAACAUGUUUAUAAAGUGGAGCCUGAUUUAUCGCGUGAAGGUGGUUCGAUUCCAGUUACUUUAACAUUCCAAGAAGUAACAGGCAAAAAUGUAUUACUUUUACCAGUUGGUGCUGGUGAUGAUGGAGCACAUUCUCAAAAUGAAAAGUUAAACAUCCGAAAUUAUAUCGAAGGUACUAAAUUACUUGGAGCUUAUUUAUAUGAAGUGGCUCAACUUCAAUAAAUAUGCAUAUUAUAUAAUAUAUAUAACAAAAGUAGCCUAGGUAACAGCGUUCGGGAGCAGCAUUUACGAAUUGGAUUUGGCAAAGAUCUGUAUUGAAUAUUUCAGCAGAUAACACUCUACAUUCAAUCUACUGAUAAGUAAAUGUCAGCAGAGUUUCUGAUUUUCUAUUACAUAAUGCAAUGAUAUUUAAAUAAAUAUCAUAAUUAAUAUUACAUUUUUGCAAUGUAUAAUUUUUUAAUCCAUUUAUAAAUCACAAAAGGGGACAAAUAAUACUGCAUAAUUUAUAUAAGUUCUUUUAUGAUCCAUAUAAAAUAUAUUAUUUGUAAUAAAAUAAAGGCAUUUUAAAAAUCA